AAUCAUUUCUCCACGAUGUUUGCCACGUACAAAUCGUCCCACAACACCCAUCGCCUAUUUUUCCUACUUUUCCUCACCGCCGCUCUUCCAAACUUAUCCAAAUCGAUCACGCACACCGGAACGGAGAAUCUGAUCACGAACGUGAUCAGUUGGAACAAAUUCUUGAACGAGUCGCUAAAGUUCGCCUCGAGGACCCAGCUGGACAGGACGCCCGAAUCGAAUUCCCGAUACGACUUCAUAGUGAUCGGUGCCGGGACGGCGGGCGCGACCGUUGCAUCCAGACUCACCGAGAUCCAAAACUUGACCGUUCUUCUGAUCGAAACGGGGCUCGAGGAGGAGCUCUACAUGGACAUACCCCUGUUCGCGAAUUUUCUCCAACGUAUACCGGGCCUCGACUGGAUGUACCAAACCGAGUCGUCCGACAAUUACUGCAGAGGGAUGAUCGGUCGCAAGUGCAGGUUCCCCCAAGGAAAGGUGAUGGGUGGCAGCAGCGUGAUCAACUACAUGAUAGCCACGAGGGGGAACAAACGGGAUUACGACAACUGGGCCAAGAUGGGAAAUUUUGGAUGGUCUUACGACGACGUGUUGAAGUAUUUCAAGAGAUUGGAAAACAUGAUGAUACCCGAGUACAGAAACGACACUGUUCAUCACGGUACCGAGGGCCCGGUCACCAUUAAUUACCCCCGUUUCGCCACUACUGUGGCGAGAACGUUCGUGGAGGCCGGCCACGAGCUCGGCUACCCGAUUUUGGAUUACAACGGGGAACGGCAGGUGGGCGUUUCCCUGUUACAAUCGACCACGGACAUGGGUUUACGAACGAGCAGCAACAAAGCUUAUCUCGUCGGCAAGCGGAGGAAGAAUCUUCACGUGACGAAGUUGAGCACGGUGCGCAGGAUACUGUUCGACGAGGGGAGGGGGCGAGCGGUGGGAGUGGAAUUCGCCAAGAGGGGGCGGCUUUUCACCGUGUACGUCGAUAAGGAAGUGAUCGUCUCGGCCGGCGCGAUAUCCAGCCCCAAGCUUCUGAUGCUGUCCGGCAUAGGUCCUGCCGAGCACUUGAGGGAGAUGGGGAUAGAGGUGGUGAGGGACGCACGGGUCGGCGACAAUUUGAUGGACCACAUAGCGUACGGAAGCCUGCUGUACGACAUCGAUCAACGGGUGGACGUGAUCGCGAACAGGUUGUUCCAACGCGUGUUGAACAAUUACUUCAUGGACAAAGUCGGUCAGUUGACUUCGCUCGGUGGCACCGAGGCGAUCGCGUUUAUCGACGUGGACGAUCCGAGGGAGAGGGAAGUGCCGAAUGUGGAGCUGCUGUUCCUGGGCACAUCGAUAUACAGCGUAAACACUAUAGGGGACAAUUUCGGUUUGAACGAGGAGAUAUCGACCAAGUUCACCUCGUACAGAAAUCGGCGCGCGUUGUCCGUGUUCCCGAUACUGCUUCAACCGAAGAGCAGGGGAAGGAUAAGGCUGAGGUCGAGGGACGCGGACGACAAGCCGAGGAUAUUCCCGAAUUACAUGAGCGAGCCGGAGGACGUCAAGGGUCUGAUCAAGGGGAUCAAGGCUGCCAACAAGUUCUUACUCGGGACCAAGGCUUUCGAGAGAUUGAACACCCGGCUCAACAAUCAGACCGUACCCGAGUGCGAGAAAUUCCCUUUCGACAGCGACGAUUACUGGGAGUGCAAUUUGAGGCUGAUACCGAUCACCAUUUAUCAUUACAGCGGCACUUGCAAAAUGGGGCCGGAGAGCGACGAAACUGCCGUAGUGGAUCCUACGUUGAAGGUGAUCGGCGUGAAGGGGUUAAGGGUGGUCGACGCUUCGAUAAUGCCUAUGAUACCGUCGGGACACACCAAUAUUCCAACGUACAUGAUCGCUGAAAAGGCGUCCGAUAUGAUUAAAGAUGAAUGGGGAUAUCCGAUUUCUUAAUAUUGUUAUAGUUGGAUAUAAUUAAAAUUUAUAUAUAUAUAUAUAUAAAUAUAUAGGUAAGAUGUUUGUUUAAUAGAUUCUAUUAAAGUAUUAAGAAAAAAAAAGAAUCUUGUCAAUUGAAGUAUACAUGACAAGAAUUAAAUAUAUAUAUAUAUAUAAGAUAAUCCUUUAAUAGAAUCUAUAUAUUAAUAAGAAGAAAGAAUACAAGUUAACAACGAA